UCCGAUAUGACGAUUAACUGUAAUGGUAAACUUCCGGUUAGUAAUUCCAUUCUCGUACAUUCGAUGAAAAUUCCUCUUUGAUAUCCAACAUCAUCGGCGGUUUAAGGGAGUAGAAUUAGUCAUGAGCGGGUCGUUAGCGUUUGACGAAUAUGGGAGACCUUUUAUCAUCAUCAGAGACCAAGAAAGGAAGUCACGAUUGACAGGAAUCGAGGCCCACAAAUCCCACAUUAUGGCAGCCAAGUCCGUUGCAGGAGUCUUGAGAACUUCCCUUGGACCUAAAGGCUUGGACAAGCUGUUGGUCAGUCCCGAUGGUGAUAUCACAGUGACUAAUGAUGGUGCUACCAUUCUAAAACAGAUGGAUGUUCAGCAUCAAAUUGCCAAGCUGAUGGUCCAACUGUCACAAUCACAAGAUGAUGAAAUUGGAGAUGGAACUACCGGGGUAGUAGUUUUGGCUGGAGCCCUUCUAGAACAAGCAGAAAAGCUUCUAGAUAGAGGAGUUCAUCCAAUUCGUGUUGCUGAUGGAUACGAAAUGGCUGCUAAAGUAGCUUGUGAACACCUAGAAAAAGUCAGUGAAGAAUUCACAGUUAGUCCUAAAGAUAAAGAAGAUCUGGUCCGUUUAGCAAUGACUACCCUAGGUUCAAAAAUAGUGAACAGAUGUCAUAGACAAAUGGCAGAAAUAGCUGUAGAUGCUAUCAUGUCAGUAGCUGACUUUGAGAGGAAAGAUGUAGACUUUGAGCUUAUUAAAGUUGAGGGGAAAGUUGGAGGGAAAAUGGAGGAUACCAUGCUCAUCAAGGGGGUUAUUGUAGACAAAGAUAUGAGUCAUCCACAGAUGCCUAAAGUAAGUGGUUAUUCUUCUAAUUGUAUUGUAUAUGAAAUAUCGUCCAUGGUUCAGCAGGUAAAAGACACAGGUGCUAAUUUGGUUAUCUGUCAGUGGGGAUUUGAUGAUGAAGCAAACCACCUGUUACUACAGAAAAGUCUGCCUGCUGUGCGAUGGGUGGGAGGACCAGAAAUAGAGUUAAUAGCUAUAGCAACAGGAGGCAGAAUUGUACCCAGAUUUGAGGAGCUAACAAAAGAGAAACUAGGAAAAGCAGGAACUGUCAGGGAACUGUCCUUUGGUACAACUAAAGAUAGAAUGUUAGUGAUAGAAGAUUGUAAUAACUCACGAGCAGUCACCAUAUUUAUUAGGGGAGGUAACAAAAUGAUUAUUGAGGAGGGUAAGAGAAGUAUCCAUGAUGCCCUGUGUGUGAUCAGGAACCUGGUCAAGGACAACAGGAUUGUGUACGGGGGCGGGGCACCAGAAAUCUCGUGUUCAGUGGCCGUCGCUGAGGCCGCCAAAAAGAUAUCUACUCUAGAACAGUAUGCAAUGAAAUCAUUUGCAGAAGCAUUAGAAAGUAUACCUCUGGCAUUAGCAGAAAACUCUGGAUUUGCCCCAAUCCACACACUAGCUGAAAUUAAAUCUAGACAAGUCAAGGAAAACAACCCCAGGCUAGGAAUAGAUUGUCUUAAUAAGGGAACCAAUGACAUGAAGUCCCAGUCUGUGAUAGAGACGUUAUCUUCCAAGAGAGCCCAGAUUCUGUUGGCCGUACAACUGACAAAGAUGAUCCUAAAAAUCGACGACGUCAGAGGAAGUGCCGAUCAGAUGUGAGAUGUGGUCUAGCUGUAAAUGUGGAAACCGUAUGCAAUAUAUAAAAGACAUAAAUUAUUAAGUGACCAGGACGUUUUUUUUGUGUUGGAACAUUGGAGACUGUUGUGAAUGGUUUUCAUAUGUGACAUAACUGAAUUCCAUUACAUUUCCCAGCGAUUUAGUACUAGUGUGAAUGAUUCACAUGUACAUUGUCAAAUUUUCAUGAUAGUGUACUUGGUGAAGUAUGAGUGACUUUUUUAAUACAUUAAGAUAUUAUAUACCUGUUUGGAUCAGACUGCUUGAACAAAUUAAAAUAUGAUGAAAUUGUCA